AUGUACAGCUUAGAACAAUAUUUAGUAAAUAUUCACUCCUCAAAAACACAGAUUCUCGUGCACACACUUCACCCCACUGAAUCGAUGUCGUUUUUCCUUCCAUUAGAUUAUCAAGCAGAAAUUGCUUUGGAGCAGACCAAGGAUAUACAAGCGCAUUCGGCUUGA